CCUUCAUCCCUCCAGUUAGACUGUGAGUUUCAACUCUUCCUCUUAGGCUCAAGUUUGCUAUGGCGUGUUCCUUCUUCACUCGCAUUUUGGGCAUGAUAUUGUUCAUCAUUCCGAUGACGCUCGCAGGCGUCUACAUCACUGAACCUUGGGCUGAUAGCAAGUGGACUGCUUGCCAAUGUCAGACGCUCAGUUGGAAAGAUGACGCUCAUCCCCCACAUUUAUUCCAUAUGACUGGACCCGCGGUCGCCGACCUUUAUACCGAAGCCGGUCAUUAUACCGCUAGCGUGCAAAUCGAUGAUAUCAAAAGCGGUAGUGUGACGGUUUGCCUGCCUGAUCCAUGCACGAUUGAAUACCGAAGCUCACAGUACGAAGUUCGUAUCAACGCUGACGAUAAAAUCUAUUGGUCCCACUCUUUCAACAUUACGAACAUACGCUGUUCCCCAAACGCUUGUAACCCACAGAAACACCCACAAGCUUUCGUUGCAGCUGAAUCCGACACCAUCCUUUCUGAUGCCCGUACGAAAUCUUCCGCUUCAAGCGAAAUUCUCCAUCAAACUACUGUUCCUCUUGCUGUUACCUCAAGCCCAGUCAUCGGUGUACCUCAAAACAAGCCAUCCGUUUCAACAGCUUCGACCGUUCCUGCAGCUUCUUCGGACACUCCCCUCCAGCCUGCAAGCUUUGGGCUCCAGAGUCAUCGUAACGGCGCUUCAACUCGUUUUACUAAAAGUGGACAUUGGCUAGACUCUGAGAAGAUGAAGUUCCGUUUAGUGUUCAUCGUUUGGCCAGCUCUGGUCGGAAUCUCGAUGGCACUUUGAUUUGACCUCCCCAAUCUACCUUCUCCGUCCAUUGAUGACCUGCUCCCCUUCUUUGGUUGUACUCGAUCAUCGAUUUGUAUUGGAACUUUCCUUUUGAUAUCCUCUGUACUAUCGUACUUGUCCUACUUUGAUUUACUGUAUUCUCGCAUCACUAUACCAGCGUCCCCUUGUAUCCUGUAAUAUCCCUUCUCAUUCACAACCACAGAUGACCA